UUGGCUGCUGGUCGCCCAGUCUUCAGUUUAAUACAGCAGGGUCCCCAUACGCCUGAUUUAUCAGCAAUAUACAAUAAUAGGGCCUCUGGAUUAUUGGGACCCUAAUAUUUGCUCUCCCACCCCCAGGCUGGCUCAGGGAAGCCAUGAAUUUUGAGUUUGAGAGGGAGAUUGGAUUUAUAAACAGCCAGCCUUCGCUAGCAGAGUGCCUGACGUCCUUUCCUGCUGUCCUGGAGACAUUUCAAACUUCAUCAAUCAAGGACUCGACAUUAAUUCCUCCUCCUUUUGAACAAACCAUCCCCAGCUUGAAUCCGGACUCCGGCAACCAGCCGAGGUCCAGAAGCCAAAAACGUUCUGAUAAUGGCCUGGCCCAACCACCACUACCUCAGCCUGGCCACUUGGCUACCGAGUUCCCCUGGAUGAAAGAGAAAAAAUCGGCUAAGAAGAGUAACCAGGGGUCCCCUCCAGCACCUAUCUCAGCUCCUGAAUCUUCAGGAGGUUCCCCAGCAGAACCACCAGGACUUAAUGAUAGCAGCGGUGGCUCCAGGAGGCUCAGGACUGCUUACACCAACACCCAGCUGCUUGAACUAGAGAAAGAGUUUCACUUUAAUAAAUAUCUGUGCAGACCCAGGAGGGUGGAGAUAGCAGCUUUGUUGGAUUUGACAGAAAGGCAAGUGAAAGUUUGGUUCCAGAACCGGAGAAUGAAGCACAAAAGACAGACCCAGCACAAGGACCCAAUGGAUGGCGACCAAAGCUUCUCUACCAUGGAUGAUGGUGACCCAACAGAUGAUGGAGAAGAGAGUCCACCAUAUCAAUCUGGGCUGGACAGCAAUGACUCUUUCAGGGACAAUGACCAGUACCCACCUGAGAACCCAAAACAAUCUAGCAUAGGCAUAAACCAGCAUCAGACUUCCAGGAAGGAAUCAUCCUCAAGCAGCCCCUUCUUCCAAACGCCUACGAGUGAGCCAGAGGCCAGGAUAGAGGUGGGUAGCAUGGACAAUAUCCUCUCUGAAACACAGGACAAUUCCUUAUUGUCAGACUUCACUUUAUUCUCUUCAGAGUCCUGCCUACACAUUGCAGAUGGUAUCUCGAGUUUGCAAGGAUCCCUCAGUAGUCCUGUCCACUUUUCAGAAGAAGAUAUUGACUUUCUCACUAGUACACUCUAUAGCAAAGAUCUCCAGCAGUUAGAUUUUUAAGUAGUUAUUUUAAAUUUUUUCCCUUAAUGUUAUCUUUUCCUUUUAUUGCACACAUGUCUAAUCUCGGAUACGAAAAAAAAUAAAUAUGUGAAAAUGUAAUUUAUAUUUAUUUAAGGGUCCCAGUAAAUCAAUCACUGGUUGUUACAGCGGUAUUCGUGUGUUUUAAUCAUGUGGAAUCACGAUUUUCAAUUUCGAUUGUUAAUUAGAAACCAUUUCAAGAUUAGACAAAUGAAUCACUUUGUAAUUUAUUUUAGUGAAGCCUCAGGAAUUAAAAAAAAAAGGAUGCUUAUAUUUGUUAGGCAGGGAAUUUUAAGUUAUCGAAUAUUUAUUUAAAGUCUUUAUUAGCAAUUUGAUAAGUAUUUAUUGUACAUUAUUUUUCAUAGAUGAAAUAAUUGUCUUUAUAAAAGAGUGUGUGUUAUGAUUUGCAAUGCUAAUAAAAAUAAAACAUUUAUUACCAAGGCAUUUUAAAGUUCAGACCUUUUGUAUUUUGUCUGUAAAUAUCGAACACACUUUACAAGUUCCA